AUGGAAGAAAUUGUCAAAGAAACACGACAAAACAAAGAGAGAUCUGGGGAAAUUCCAAGUCAAGCAGAGGAGCUAAAGGACUACCCUUCAAUGUUAUCUAGACAGAAUUUGCACCAAGAAGAAGAGGAAGAAGACUCUCUGUCAAUUAUUGGAGACGAGUGGAUAAAGAUUGGAGAUGAGUAUUUCAAAAACCCUGUAUCAACAACACCACCACCAGACUUACGAGACAUCAAGGAAUUUGCAACAGAUCCAUUGUUUCAGUCGGGACAGAAUGAUAAUCGGGGCAAAAGAAAGGUUGAAGAGGCUGCAACCACCAAUUUUGUUCCAGGCUCGUUGACUGCAACAAGGUAUCGUGUUCUUGAUGUGGAAGAGAAGUAUGUGAAGCUGGAUGAUCUGUUUUCCUCUGGUAGAUAG